AUGAAGCCCAUGAGGAGUGACGACUUCUGCCUUCUCUGGGACGACUUGUUCGUGCCCGGUGAGCUCAUGGUGAAUAAGGGCCAGGAUCACUAUUUCAUUCCGGCAUUCUGCAGCGACGAGCCUUUCGCGCUGGAGCACAUCAAGGUGCUUUGGCAGCUUCAAGCGGAGGAUGCAAACAGCUUGGAGGAUGCCGAAGAUGACGCUGUGCUGAGGGAGGGCCCGCUGGACGGGGAGCAAUUCUGCCGGGCGUUGGUACCAUCGGUGCAGUGUCCCGAGGACUUUGCCAACGUCGCUCGCAGCUACUCCGCGUGUCCGGGGACGCGCGCGGACGGCGGAGACUUGGGCGAGGUCGAGCGCGGCCAGAUGCACAGCGCCAUCGAGGCGGCGCUCUUUGACCCCGAGCUGGAACUCGGAUGUCCCUUGGGGCCGAUUCAAACCGAUGCUGGCUUCCACCUCCUCAUGGCGAGGAAGAAGAGCAGGGGCAUCCUCUCCACCACGGUCUCGGCCAGCCAUAUCCUGGUGAAACCGGGGCGCUACCAGGCCCCUUCCUGCGAGGUGCACAUGCACUUGCCGAACAUGGUCGGCGAAGAAGCAGACAUGACCAGGACCUGGCGAAGAUGGUCCUUCGCCCACUCGCUUCCACCGGCCCUCUCACACCUGGCAGAGGCGCAAGACGAGGCAGAGCAACUGCAGCUCAAACGCCAGGCGUUGCGAGGAAAACCUGGUUUGAGGCUGCUCUUCAGGUGGGAGGGCGCCUUCAUCUUCAACGUGAAGGGCAUCCUCUCCGACAUUGCUGGGGACAUGAUCGGGCCAAUUCACUUGGUGGACGGGUCACUGGGCACUGAGGAGGCCCGGUAUCUUGGGGAGCUCCUCACCUCAGACGACGCCAGGACGACGAAGACGGAUAAGGAUGGCUUCGACGCACGCAUGGACUGGGCAGAGACGGGCUGGCAGGAGUCUGAGGGCAUCCUCGACGCAGACAGCAUGUGCACCGUGCAAAUCCUCCUCCGCAGAGUGGGCGAAACGUUGGAGCAUGCAAGGAAGCGAAUGUCCACCGUGAGGCUGAGAAUCAAGCCAACCAGGCUGGCAUAUGUCGCCUCUGAGCCCGGCUUACGUUUGGGCCUGUCCUCGCCAUCCUCUGUCCAGGACCGCCUGGCAACGUUGGUGAGCUUGAUAGAUUCCGGGGAGCUGCUGGUGAAAGUGGACGGCGGAGAGGAAGAAAUACUGGAUCCUCGUCCUAGUACCGUUGUGGUGGCGAGCACCGUCGAGCGACCAGCUGGCUGCCCGGUACUGCUGCUCUACGACGAGGAAAACCUUGUCCAGGCCGAAGUCCUGGCCUACAUGGGCAGGCACCUGGGCAGCCGCCACCGUGUGCGAUACCAGUCCGGCGGUGUUCCAGAGGAGCUCGAGGUCGACUUGAAUGAAAUGAAUCACAGCCUGCUGCGCUUCGCAAGCCUCCGCGAGUUCGAAGAAGCCCGGAUCGCGUACUGCAAGCAGGUAGUGGAGGACGGGCGGUAUAUAGAGGAUGCGAUUACAGGCAACCGCGUGGACAUUUCCGAGCAGAUUGUGCGGGUGCAAAUGGAGGUGCGAAAGCUGCCCGAUCCGGACAGCAUCAGGCACAUGGCUUUCGACGACCUGGAAUGGAUCUCAGACACUUCUUUUCACCUCGGAGAUCGCGUGUGGGCGCAAGGCCGCGAGGGCACCGUCGAGCAUCUUCAGAAGCACGGCCGAUACGUCGUCAAGUUCGCCGAUGGGACGUCGUCGCCGGCACUGCCGGCCAGCUCCAUCAAGCGGGCCCGCCCCAUCGCUGGAGUGCAGAACUCGUCGUUCGAGCAGGUCAGGGACAUCUCCGAGAUGAUCCCACUCCUGCUGCACCCCAGCCGUGUCGUUCAAGGACGAUCCCACGGCGCUCACUCUGCCCAGCCCGUGCUCAUACGAGCCGGACCUGGAACGGGGAAGACCUGGUCCAUGCAGCAGCUGCUGCUCUUGUUGGCCCAGGAGCUGGCUGGAGGAGAGCCGGGCACUUCGAACGCUGUGAAGUUCCGCUUCGUCCCUCUACUCAUUCCCAUCCAGAAGCUGGCUCGGAUGCUGCGGACACGGCCUGCGGGUAUGGAGGGCGAGACUUCGUCAAACCUGGUCCUGUUCUUCAUCCGGGCGGAGUAUCCCGAAGGUCCUACCAGGAACAUGCUGGAGCAAGCCUUUGAGAUGCGAAGCCUGAUUGUCAUGCUGGAUGGCAUUGAUGAGGCGGCCAACAUGAAGUUGGCUGUGGAGGAGUUUGUGACGAAGACUCUGGUGUUGAUGGGUGUGCCUCUGCUCGUCACUUCUCGGCCUGAGGGCAUCAGAAAGCGCCUCUAUUCCAGGGACUUUGUCAUCAUGAACCUGCAGCCCCUCAGCGGGGAGCAGCAGCAGAAGAUCAUCGAGAAGCAGCUUCAGCAAAACGCUUUCUUCAAGCACCUGGUGGCCUUCAGCAGGGCCAGGCAAGCGCAGGAGGAGGCCUUCCGGCAAAGCUUUCCCUCCCGCGCGGAGCGCGAGGCCCUCCAGCAGCUCCCAAACUCUCUUGAGGAGGUGCCACCGGCCACAGAAGACAUUGAUCACGAGGUCUUUGCGGCCGUGUUCUUCUGCCUGGCCGUGCGCUUGCUGGCCAGCGCCCAGCUGGAUCCCUCAUGCCUGCAACUACCGCAGGAGACGGACCAACUUCCAACACAGGACGUCCAGAAACGACUGAGCAUUCACUCAAGGAAGCUCGGCAUGAUAAAGGCCGAUUUCGUGUGCCCCACGGCGGCCUCGAUGAUGAGCCUGAGCCACUCGUUGCUUGCGGGCUUCACAGCACCCGUCGACGGUGAGCCUGCCAAUCUUCAGGUGGUGCGCUGCCGCAGCUUCUUUCAAGAUCCUGGCCCUACUCGCUUGAGGUUUCUGAGAUAUGAGCUGAGACUGAGAUACCAGGGCGCAUCUCUCACCGCUCAGGUGCAGAUCCAUCAUUCAGCGUGCCUCUCCUCCUUCAGGACGAUGAAGAUGCAGGACCACUUCACAUACCUCCGCAGGAACUUGCAGAGCGAAGGAGCGUGUGAUGACAUGCUCGAGGCCAGAAUGUUGGUGUUUGAUGACAUCUGCCGUGUUCCCGUGCUGCUGUCCGUCUUGGCCUGCGCCUUUGCCGUGGACACCCAGCGCCUGCCGGAGAACCUCUUUGACCUCUACGUAAUGGGCAUGCUCUCCACGCUCGAGCGGCGAGUGGGGAAGGACCGGGUACAGGUCACAUUGGAGAUGCUGCAGGCAAUUGCGGUGGCGAAUCACACAGCAAAGCGACGCACAUUUCAGGCAGAGGAUCUGCGGACCGCGCUCAAGGAGCCAGGGCACUUGGCAUUGUGGUCGCAGCUGCUGGAGGAGGGGACUAAAAGAAGACUGGCAUGGAAGAAAAGCCGGCCUUAG